AUGCGGAAGGCUCACCACAGCGUCGGCACCCGCUGCCUCCUUGUUCGCACCGUUCACCUCAAUUUCUCCAAUGCAGGUACGACAGCGUUGUCUACCGACAGUUCAACGAACCACCUGACAUAUCCGUUUCAGACCGUAGGCGCAAGGACUGAGGACCUCCAGCGCUGCCCCGACCUCUGGUUCGACGAUGGCAACCUAGUUCUACAAGCAGAACAGACUCUAUUCCAGGUGUACAAAGGCAUCCUAUGUCGAGAGUCACCUGUGUUUGCAGAUAUGCUGUCGCUGGGGCCCGGGCAGUCGGAGGAGCACUAUGAGCAGGUUCCGCUCGUGCGGAUGCCUGACAGUGCUGAGGAGAUGACGCUCUUCCUAUCGGUCAUCUUUAAUCACCAGUCAGUCUUUCGCCAAGCUACCCUUGGCGGCGUGUAA